GUCGCCGUCGCCGCCCAGGUCCACACCUACCUCGCCAAGGCCCAGGCGGCCGCUCAGCAGGAAUCAGCACUGAAGGUCUUGGGGACAGAAGGCCUCUUUCUCUUCUCCUCACUGGACACUGACCAGGAUAUGCGUCUCAGCCCCGAGGAGUUCAAACCCAUCGCGGAGAAGCUGACAGGGUCAACACCUGCAGCCAGCUAUGAGGAGGAGGAGCUGCCCCCCGACCCCAGUGAAGAGACCCUCACCAUAGAAGCCCGAUUCCAGCCUCUUGUUCCUGAGACCAUGACGAAGAGCAAAGAUGGCUUCCUAGGGGUCUCCCGCCUUGCGCUGUCUGGCCUCCGCAACUGGACAACUGCAGCUUCACCGAGCGCAGUGUUUGCUGCCCGCCACUUCCAGCCCUUCCUCCCACCUCGGGGCCAGGAGCUGGGAGAGCCUUGGUGGAUCAUCCCGGGUGAGCUGAGUGUGUUCACCGGCUACUUGUCCAACAACCGCUUCUACCCACCACCACCCAAGGGAAAGGAGGUCAUCAUCCACCGGCUCCUGAGUAUGUUCCACCCUCGGCCCUUUGUGAAGACCCGCUUUGCCCCUCAGGGGGCUGUGGCCUGCCUGACUGCCAUCAGUGACUCCUACUACACUGUGAUGUUCCGGAUCCAUGCUGAGUUCCAGCUCAGUGAGCCCCCUGACUUCCCCUUCUGGUUCUCUCCGGGCCAGUUCACCGGCCACAUCAUCCUGUCCAGAGAUGCUACCCACAUCCGUGACUUCCGACUCUUCGUGCCCAAUCACAGGUCUCUGAAUGUGGACAUGGAGUGGCUGUACGGGGCCAGUGAGGCCAGCAGCAUGGAAGUGGACAUCGGCUACAUACCCCAGAUGGAGCUGGAGGCCACAGGCCCUUCUGUGCCCUCCGUGAUCCUGGACGAGGAUGGCAAUCUGAUUGACAGUCGCCUGCCCUCAGGGGAGCCCCUCCAGUUUGUGUUUGAGGAGAUCAGGUGGCAGCAGGAACUGAGCUGGGAGGAGGCUGCCCGGCGCCUGGAGGUGGCCAUGUACCCCUUCAAGAAGGUCACCUACCUGCCAUUCGUUGAGGCCUUCGACCGAGCCAAGGCCGAGAACAAGCUGGUGCACUCGAUCCUGCUGUGGGGGGCCUUGGACGACCAGUCCUGCUGAGGUUCGGGGCGGACUCUCCGGGAGACUGUCCUGGAAAGUUCGCCCAUCCUCACCCUUCUCAAUGAGAGCUUCAUCAGCACCUGGUCCCUGGUGAAGGAGCUGGAGGACCUUCAGGGUAACCUAGAGAACCCAUCGCACAGGCAGCUGGCGGGCCUGCACCUGGAGAAAUACAGCUUCCCCGUGGAGAUGAUGAUCUGUCUGCCCAACGGCACUGUGGUCCACCACAUCAAUGCCAACUACUUCCUGGACAUCACCUCCAUGAAGCCUGAGGACAUCAAAGACAACAUCUUCAGCUUUUCAUCUACCUUUGAAGACCCAUCCACAGCCACCUACAUGCAGUUCCUGAAAGAGGGACUCCGGCGCGGCCUGCCCCUACUCAAGUCCUAGUAUGUCGCCGGGCCUCAGUGGGCCUCAGCCAUCUCAGGCUGGAGAAGCUCCUAAUCCCUCCCCACCCUAGGCUGCCUCACAGGGCCUGAGGUCAACUGAGGGUGGCCAGGCAGCUCUGAUGAUGGGAGAUAGACAGGAGGGGCUUAGACUCUCAGGAUGAACUGUGAGCCCUGUGGCCCCCCAGUCCUUUCCUACCCAGCUGGCUCCGGAAGCUACUCAAGAUCCACCAGGACAGGGUCACCCGACUCCUGGCUUUGACUCUUUCCAGAAGGAAACAUGAAGGAGCUGGGGGCUGGAACCUCUCAUGUCUACACAGAGCUGUCCUUGCUAGCCAUACCCCAGCUGCUGUCCUCUGAUAUCCCCAGCCUGGGUCAGUCUCAGCGGGUGACAGCUUUCUUUGUGCAGAGCCUCUGCCAGUGUGGAACGGCGCUGUACCCCAGCUGCUCCUAGAUGGUUCAGAGGGCCUUGUGCCGGGCCCCCAAGUCUGUUUCGGGGCCUGGGACAUUUCCUGAGAAGUAGGCCUCUGCCAUUAGGAAGGACCCACUGAGGGGCCCUGAGGCCCAGGGCGAGGGCACUCCCCCCACCUGCCCUAGUAGAGGUCAUAGCAGAACUGCGGGAGCCAGGGAGUCCUGACCUCCUUCUCAGUCCCUGACUCCAUGGAAGUGCAGCCCAGCCAAAGAACAGCCUGCACCAGAGCCAGCACUGCCCCUGACACCAGGAGCACCCCAGACCAGCCUGUCCACCGUGGGGCACCUGCCAACUCUCCUUGGCCACUCUUGGGGCCUUUGUCCACGUCCUUAGCCAUGACCAUGGCCAGCCUCCUUUUUAUACAUGCAGAAAAGUGUUAUGUGAAUUUUCUCAUAUUUUGUAGGUGUUUUUAUAACCACAGUGCUGAGGAGAAAGAAGAGAGCAGUGGCUCCCUGAGCAGCAGCCCCAUGAUGGCUGGAUCUGAAAUCCUAGAUGGAUCCAGCUUGAUGCCUUUGCGGUUGCACAGAGGGGAAGCAGUAUUCUCCUCUUCCAUCUCCUCUUCUAGAUUUUUAAAAACAGUCCAGAGAACGAGUGUACAGAACCCCCAGCUCUGUCCUGUCUGUGUAGGCCCAGUAGGUGUCUUUGGGCUUUCCUCAUGACGGCCUUGAAGUCAGCCUUUCCUUCACAUGCUUGACUCUUCCCCACCCCCUCUCCCAAAAGGGGCUCCAUCUUAAACCUGACAGAGGGAGAAGGCAGGCUUGUCCUCACAUCUGCUGAGUCCUGCCACCCUGGGUGUCCCCAUGACGAGCCACCCUUAGCCAGUCCUGUUCUUCAUUGGGUACUAGGUGUAACAAUAGAAGCAGGUUACCAACAGCCUUCUGUGCCUCAGUCACUGCUAAAAUUACAGGUAGUUUCUCAUUAAAUCCUCAUAAAGAAAUGAGUCUUCAGGGAGGCAAAGUGACCAAGGUCACUCAGCGCUAGAGUUAAGACUCGCUUCCACAUGUAACUUCACAAGCUUGUCUUGAUUUUGGGGUGUUUCAUUUGGCACCACACCCCCACUUCUUCCCCUGCCUGUUUGCACUGAGGUGAAAAUCAUGCCUCAUUCAUUCCCCUCUGAGCUCCAGACUGGGCCUGAGCCCUGACCUCAGCCAUGUUCUUUGUGUCCUUCUGGGAGAUGGUACUUCUUGCCCCUUACAGGAAGGAGGGUACCUGCGUCUGCCUCAGUACCUCCACCAGCCUCAACUGAGCCUCUACCCUCCAUUCUGCGGCUCCCAGAGGGCUGACUCCAUGG